AUGGAGGCGACGACAUCGCUGUCACAUGACUGGUCAUCUCUCCCGGUGAAGGUACUGGUCCGGAUCCUAGAUCAUCUCAAGUGGUUGAGCCACCCGAGCUUCGGAUUGGUGUGCCGGCAAUGGCAAUCUGCCCGUGCCCGGGCGCCCUUCUACCCGGCGUGGAUCUCCCCUCUGCUCCUCAACACCACCAGCGACGGAACCACCAACGUGCGGUACUACAGCCCCUACUAUCACAAGAACUUCGAGACCGCCUGCACGCUCAAUAUUCCUGACGCCGGGAUCAUCGGCACCACCGCGCAACAUCUAACGCUCUGCCGGGAGCACUUAAUCCUAGACGCCCAACUUCUCUCCGGCGACGUCCUCAAACUACCAAAGCACGACCGGCCCACGUUUGACUCCGUCGUCUACAAUGGUGUCCGCACCAUGUUCGGCGUCCACUCGCGUAACCCGGUUCUCCAUGACGGCUUCCUCUACCUGAUGAAUAGGGACGGCGCAUUAGCAGUGUACGACGAGAGAAAACACGAUGAAGGAUUCAACAUUCUCGAGAAGCCUGGAAGUUUUACAUUCGAGCACGAUGACAGCUACUUGGUCAAGUCCGACCAUGGCGAGCUGAUAGCCGUCCUUAUCGGACGUCGUGGGACAACAGUCAACAUUGUCAAACUGAAUGAUCACACCAUGGAGUGGGAGAAGAUACAAGACCUAGAGGGGAGGACAUUGUUUACCGGCACAUUGACGACGACGAUGAAGAAGACUAACAUCAAGUGGAUGCAGAACAAGAAUUUCCUUCCAAGAUUGUACGAUUGGCCUGACACCGUCCAUGUUGACCUUGUUCAGCGUGAAGGUGAAGUUGCCUUUGUUCCAAAGUCAGGACGUGCAGAUACCACGGAGAAACAAAACAAUUAUUGA